GAUGCCAGAGAGGAAGAGGCAAAGCGAGAGGAUUUACUCUGCCCAAAAUCUGUCGGAGUGAGAUUAAGCCCUUUUUCUGUACGGAGGUAUAUGAGAGUGUCGGAAGUUGAAUUACGUUAGGCUUGCACAACGAUUUAGUUGUGCAUGUUCACUCUCGCCUAUGCCCUCUCAUUGGUUAGAAUGGUCCCACAUGAUCGCGCCUGCCUUCAAUCAUUGAGGGCAUGUAUUUCCAUCGUUAGAACGGUCACUCUGCUAUCUACUCAUUAUAAUAGAUCAUCUUUGAUAGUGUUCAAUUUUUCAAGAUGUCGUCGCUGGAACAGAGACUCUCCCGAAUCGAGGAGAAACUAAAGCAAGAAAAUAAAGAAGCUCGUAGAAGAAUUGACCUCAAUAUCGACAUGAGUCCACAACGUUCACGUCCGAGGCCAAUCAUCGUGAUCCAGCUCAGUCCUGCUCCAGCUCCUUCCCAACGUGCAGCUCUUCAGCUUCCCCUGGCUAACGACGGAGGGGGGAGUCGCUCCUCAUCCUCUGAGAGCUCGCCCCAGCACCAUUCCUACCCCAGCCGCCCGCGACACAUGCUCAACCUGCCCACGCCACAGUACAGCCUGGUGAAGAGCGUGGAGAAUGCGGAGAUAGACCAGAAGCUGCAGGAGAUCAUGAAACAGACAGGCUACCUGAAGAUCGACGGCCAGCGGUACCCGGCUGAGGUCAGUGACCUGAUCAGCGAGGGGGAGAUCGGCAGCGGCACGUGCGGUCAGGUGUUCAAAGUGCGCUUCAAGAAGACGGGCCACGUCAUCGCCGUCAAACAAAUGCGCCGGACAGGAAACAAGGACGAGAACAAGAGGAUUCUGAUGGAUCUGGAUGUUGUGUUGAAGAGCCACGACUGCCCUUACAUCAUCCAGUGCUACGGCGCCAUAGUUACCAACACGGAUGUGUUCAUCGCAAUGGAGCUGAUGGGGACGUGUGCUGAGAAACUCAAGAAGAGGAUCCAGGGGCCCAUACCUGAACGCAUCCUGGGCAAGAUGACCGUGGCAAUAGUGUCAGCUCUGCUGUACCUGAAGGAGAAGCACGGUGUGAUCCACCGGGACGUGAAGCCCUCCAACAUCCUGCUGGACAACAAGGGCCAGAUCAAGCUGUGUGACUUUGGCAUCAGCGGACGACUCGUCGACUCCAAGGCCAAGACCCGCAGCGCCGGCUGUGCUGCCUACAUGGCUCCUGAGAGAAUAGACCCCCCAGAUCCCAGCAAGCCUGACUAUGACAUCCGAGCAGACGUCUGGAGCCUGGGCAUCUCUCUGGUGGAGCUGGCCACAGGACAGUUCCCCUAUAAGAACUGCAAGACCGACUUUGAGGUUCUGACCAAAGUGCUGCAGGAAGACCCUCCCUCGCUCCCCCUCAGCAUGGACUUCUCCCUCGACUUCCAGUCCUUCGUCAAAGACUGCCUCACAAAGGAUCACAGAAAAAGGCCAAAAUACCACAAGUUGCUCGAGCACAGUUUCAUUCGGCGCUAUGAGGUGCUGGUGGUGGACGUGGCAGGCUGGUUCCAGGCGGUGAUGGAGCGCACUGAGUCGCCGCGCAGCAGCCAAUGUUACCACCAGCACCAGCUCCACUCGCUCUUCAGCAGGUAGCCACUGGCCCCGCCCCGGAGCCACUGGAGCCUGCAGCCGCCCCAGCCUGCAGCCGGGAGACCCCAGAGAGGGUCGGAGACACGGAGUAGGCCUUUAUCCCUAGACAGACAGACUGGCUCGGUGGAUUGAUUGAGUCUGGUUGAUUGACUGAUUGAGUCUGGAUCAGGACAGACAGACACGAGGGAGAGUAGAGCUUCACACUGUAGUUAAGCGUCAUCAGAAGUCAUAUCAGCACAUGUACAUUAUCAUCGUGAACACUUCAGCACAUACUGUAGGUUACUCUGUAUCCACAAUGCAUGCACACUUUUCCAUCUGUUCGAUACUGACGUACAGUAGUGAUACUGUAAAUGCAUUCACCUGGUUAAAUACUACUCACUCACUAAUCAUAUCUCACGCGCCUGUGUAAUCUUGUUCAGCUCCAGCCCUAGUCAUAGCUACGGGGUCUGACAACAGAGUAGUCGAUACACACUGGAGCUAAUUUCUGCUACAUCAUGUAGUGUUAAGACAAUGUAAGAGUCCCUACGGCAAGCCCAGAGGCCCAGUUUCAUCCGCAGUGAUGGCUAGGCUCAGAAGUGGAAGGUUCAGUGCAAUAUUCAGCCGGGUGUUAUUGUUUCUAUACUUAGUCUUCAACAGGUUGUGUAUGAGUGUGUGUACUAAGACACAAGUGUGCGCUCACUAUUAUGGAUGGCAUAUAGCUGUCCCACUGUAGCUCUAACAGACCAACUAGACCCGCUGUAUUUGUUUCAGUCUGGUUUUUAACCAUCGUUUUGAAAAUACAAUAGAUGACAGAAACUUUAACUUUGAUUCAAAUGCUUAGAGAGAAUAUCAACAAGUACAUGUUCUAGCAGCUUUGAAUUGGAAAAACGGCGAAAAAUACAAAAAAAAAAGUUGGGUUAUGCGUAGCUCUGUAGAAAAGGUGUUUUGUAUUUAUUUACUUUGAGUUCAGGAUGGUUUUGCGUGGGACUGGAUAACCGGUGGAUAAGUGGGAGGGAUACAGAGGAGGACAAAAGUCUGCCUUUUAUCGGACUUGGUUUACUGCAUUUACCCCAGAUGCUGUAAAACUCACUCAGGGGAAACUGUACUGCCAGGUAGAUGAGGUUUAAAGCAGUGUUGCUUAUUGUUGAAGAGGAGUGUUAGAAAAGAAAACAGUUUGGAGGCGAACGGAGGGGAGGCGUGAGUUAUUUGUGUCAAGAAACAGGCAAGAGACAGCAGCUUGCCCUUUACAAAUAAUACAAUUAGAUAUUUUUUGGCUGUGGAGCAUUUCAACCCUCCCUCCUUCCGCUCUUUCUCAAUGGCACUCAGCCACUCACCCUCUUCUUUAUUUCAUUCUUUCAGCUGUUCCAUCUUUUAGAGGCUCCACUGUUUUGUCAAACCAAAGGUGGUAGUUGUUGGUGGAGGGUGUCACACAAGACCCUCUCGUUGCUCCUGACUGCUGCCUCCCCUCCUGCAGAGCCAAAGCCAGGUAGAGAAGACUACCCCCUCCCUUUCCUAGCCUGAGCAUUCGGAGUUUGUAAGACGGCACUGACAGAUCUGGGAUCAGGCUUCCCCAACACACAACCAAGCCAAAUCACUGCUAGACACAGACACGAUAAGAGAGGGAGAUCAACGGUAUGUCAGAGAAAUGGAGAGAGGGAACCGGGAACGUCGACUAUGAAUAUGUGCAGAAGAAGAGCUAGGGAGAAGCAAGACAAGGAAAGUUGGAUUUAAAAUAAGUAUUUGGGGUGAAAACGAGUGGAGGAAGAGAAGGAUAAGAAAGUGAGAAAGAAGGUCAAGAGAGGUACGUGACAGAAGGGUAAGGGCCAUCUAGAGCUAGUGAGUGACAGCAGAGCGGUGAGUGUUUUGAUAAUGGAGAGAUGUGAGGAGGAGAGAGUUUGGAGCCCUGAAUUCAGCCAUAGGCAGCCAGGCUAUGGAUCAGAUGUUGGACAUUGUAAAAGCUUUCAAUGGUGUUGCACCAAUAUACCAAUUAUGAUUUUUAGAGUGAAUUAGGAUUUGUGUUUUAAUUGUUUGCUAUUCUAUUCAUUAUUGUAUCUUUCAAACAUAUUUAAUUAUUUAUUACGUUGCUACUACUGCUGCUAAAUUUUUGCUUUAGACUGCUGUCGAUAAUUGUCCCCCAAAGGACAAAUACUUAAUACCAAAUAAGUGAAGUUAUGCAAUGUCUUUACAGUUACCAAAUACAGAAAAGCAAGUCUGAUGGUGAAGGGUGUGAGAGAACAGUGACAGAGAGCUAAACCCAUAGAUGAGUAGCAUAGGUUAACGUCACUAAACUAAUCCAUGCAAUUGAUGUACACCUCACAUGUAUCUAACAGUGUAAUAGCAUGUUGUAGUCACAUAUCGCACUACAGCACCAGCAGUGAAGGAGUGUCCGUCUGUCCGUCCUGACCUGUGAACCUUGACCCUUUGCUCCCUGAUCUUAGACAUUGUAGUCCAUGGUCACCCUGAUUUAGAAUGGUCUGUCUACCUGUCCGUCUGUCUGUCCGUCCGUGGGCCUCCUGCAAGCUCGACCUUGACAUUAUACACCAAAGGUGUCAUCAACGAAAACAAGUUAUUACUGUUAUUGAUAUUCUAAUUGAUUACUAUGACUACGAUAUAUUCAGAGUUUCUCUGUAGCUAGUGUGGGAUAGGGGGGGGGGGGGUGCUUUAGGGGUAGCAAUGCCCGUGUGUAGAAUACAGGGAGAGACUUGUACUCUGACAAAGCCUGGGCACAGCAAUCACACACACUCAGCCAGACAGACCUUUUUACUGUGUAAACUGGUACUGUAAUAAGCCAAUGCUCACCAUCACCAGGUCUUGGGAGAGUUCAGGAGAUUGGCUGUGUUGCAGGUAGAAUAUACAUGGUUCUCUUAUCGUUGUGGAAUAGAGAACAGUGUUGGUUCUUUGCGUUAUGUUUCAGUCUGCAACGUUCUGUUUGUUGUUGCGCCUCCGCAAAUCAUCAUGUACCAACUUUGAACCAUGGCUCUUUGGUUUUAGUUCUCCUAUAGGCAAUCAGGUAGUAAUAACAGACACAUUAUUAUACAAGCUAGGCUGCCUGGCCCACUUGCUAAAACAAAGUUCUAAAGUACUGACUUUAUAUGCACUUUUAUUAGUACUAUCCCUUGUAAUUUACACGCUUUCUACCCCUUGGGUUGUCCAAAAUCACUACAAAGUGCACUCUACUCAAAGUGCACCCUAUUCCCCCAGUCUUGGCUGUCCAGUGCUGUGUCAGACCCAGUCUCCCACUGUCAACUUUCUCUUUUGUUUUGCUGAUGUCUUUUUACAAGCACACACACGUGGUUGAAAAACACCUGACAGGUGACUGUGCCACUCUUCACCUUUCUAAAAACGGCAAGAACUGUUUUGGGCCCCUGGUGCAAAACCUGAAUGACUUGGGUGUUUUAGUGUGUGUUUGUAAAAUGUAUAAUACAAUUUGAAAAAAGUUUGAAUCCUAACCCAUUGCCAAGGACAGCGGUGGCGCGCCACACACACUCCAAAUGUAGGCUAUAGACAAUAUGUCCACAGUGGUGCUGGUUGGCUGCUGUUUUGUGCUUUUGUUUGUUCUUAGCAGGCAGUGGCAAAGCCAGCGCUGUUAAAGAUGUACUCUGGUAGGGUGCCUCAAAUCACACCCUAUGUAGUGCACUACUUUAUCACCAGGGCUCAUAAGACCCCGGUCAAAGGUAGUGCACAAAGUAGUGAAUAGGGUGCAAUUUUGGAUGCACAGAGUAGUCUGCUGCUGCGCUGUACCUUGGGGGUGCGGUGGGAGGGUGUGUCAUCGCCCCAUCUGUAAGUAAAACCAAAUAUCAUUUUCACUAUGCAGUCAUUCAAAUCAGUCAGCUUGCUGUACGUUAGGAAGUACUCCUGUAUAUAAACAUAUGGUGAUGAAACUGGAGUUGAUGACUAUGAGAUCUUCUAUCUAGAACGGUUGAAUUCAUGCCUUCAGCUAGUCCAGGGGGGAAAUGAUUUAAGCGAGAGACGUGUUUUUGAAUGAGCUGACUAUUUAAGGAUUGUGUUGUGGUGGGGCCCUUGGGUUGUAGUUUUUGGGGUGGGUUAAAUGGGGUUUGUAGUUUGGGAGUUGCUAGUCCAAUGCUGUAAGUAUAUCAAUUGCAUGUUAUUGUCACUGUAACUGCUAUUGGAUUUUAGAUUAGGGACGGGGGGCACAACUCUAUUUAUAAUUUUUACAUAUUAUAUAUUCUUUUGCAAAAUGUUGAAUUGUAUACUUAGGAAAAUACACACUUGCCUUUGUGUUCUCUUGAAUUGUUAUCAAUCUGCUAUUUGCAAUAUGCAUUUUUACUUGUAUUGUCUUUUAGUUGGUUUCAUGGCGAGAAUGAGUUGUCAUUUGUGUAGAUCUUUUUUUGUCUGUUUCUUUUGCUGAAUGUGCUGUGUGUCUUUAGUUCAAUUAGCUGUGUGACUGAGGAUGGAUGGAUGGAGGGCAAGGUCUGUGUCUUGGAAGUGUUUUGUCUAUGAUUAUCAUUUACCUUUUUCGUCUUUUUUAUUAAUUUGUAUUUUAUUCAGGGAAAAGAUGACACCAAAUUGAAUAAAGACAUUUCCAGAUGAUCCUAGAGAGGGGUUGAGAUGGAGAGUGUGUGACAGUGUAGUUAGAGAAGUCUUCUUUCUGUCCUUCCGUAACGCCUGGGUCAAAGGUGUCUCUUUCUCUCAAAGCGGAGCGAUCACUUUCACUGCUCCGUCUAGCCGCUUCUUCUUCCCCCUGUGUCGCUGUAAAACUUUGGUCCUCCGAUAUCCUCUUAACUGAAUUUUGUUUUUUCUUUGACAUGAUCAAAAUAUCAUGAUUGAUCGUUUCUCGGUUUAAAUCUUUUGUGUGCCAUUUUAUUUCUCUACCCAGAAACCCACUUUGUUUUUGGUUCUCUGAAGCUGUAUGGUCAAACUAAUUUGACUGCAUCUGAAAUGGCACCCUAUUCCCUAAAUGGUGCACCAAAAGUAGUGCACUACAUCAGGAAUGGGGUGCCAUUUGAGACAGCGCCAAUGAGAGAGCGUCUUAUUUAUGCUGAAAUUGUCAUGAGUGGCGUUUGCACUUGGGCAGCUUUUGAGUCGGGUGGGGAGGAGUCGUUGGGAGCUCUUUUGGAUUGCAGAUGUCCCGUUUGACCAAUCACAGACCUACGACUGGCAGAAAGGAAAAAAACUGAUUUCAACAAUGUAUAUGUAUUAUCACUAUUUAUUUAUUGGUUGUGUUUUUGUUUUGUUUUUUAAAGCCAAACAAGACGCAUGGUAAAGAGAAUCGUCUGUCAUUGGUGUUGCCGUUGAUACAAAAGCCAAAUAUCAAACCACACUAACCCACAGGAAACAUUGCUAUUGUAAUGGAGUGGUUUAAACUCUAGAUGGUGUAUGCUUUUUUAGUACUGGCUUGGCUGAGCUGUAGGAUGUCGGUCUUCAUGUUUGUAUACUUUAGUGUGUGCACUCAUUUGAUUGAAAUCCUGCUCAGUCAAGCCAAACAGGUUAUGGUUUAAACCUUAACAUUUACAACAUGGGUGGUAUUAGAGAGAGAGUGCUAAGCUAAUACCCAAUUUAAGUUAGCUCCUAUUGUUUGAAACUUGGUUUGGUUUUACACAAGUAAUGAAUUAUCCUCCUGAAACAUACUCGCAGUCAACGUUUUACGUAUACUCUGACUGGAAAAAAUUGAUUUCUAUUACGAAGUGGACUGAUUAGCUCGUAUUUAAUCUGUACUCUGUAGCGAGGUGGAAACCCUGUUUUUAAAAUGUUGGUAAAGAAUAAUUUGCUUGUUCCCUAGGGUUUCUAAAUGCAGUAUUGCAUGACUUGCUCGAUUUGAAAGGGGGAAAUUGUAUACUUUUUCCAUGGCCAUUGCAAUUUCAUGGCUGUUUGUAUGUAUGACUCAAAGGGUUUGUUCUGACAGUUGUAUCAAUCUACACAGCUACUGUCUCCCUCUGCUUUUCGCUGUCUUUAAUUUUCCGUUAAAUUUCCUCUAUUUCAAACAGAAUAAAUGCCAUUAUAUUGUGAAUACCUCAGGAUUUUUUUGGAGACAAAUCAAAUAAAGAAAACUUCCAAAAAGUU